AUGUUCGGCUUCGGGUUCACGUUCGGGGAGGAGUGGCUGACGAAUCCGUUCUGCGGCUUUGGACAGUUCUUCUUCAACCCGGAUGAUUCGAAUGAUAUCCAGCAGGGAUGGGCAUAUGCCUCGUUCAUCUUUCAGAUGAGCUUCGCCACGACGACGUCGACGAUUGUUUCGGCCGGAAUGGCCGAACGUAUCCGCCUAAAAGCCUACAUCGUCGUCGCCUUCCUCCUCACCGUAGUCCACGCAAUCCCAGCCCACUGGGUCUGGAGCGAGCACGGUCUCUUCUACAAACUUGGCGUCAUCGAUUCGGCUGGGUGCUCGGUGGUCCAUCUCGUCGGUGGAGUAGCGGGAACUGUCGCUACACUCUACCUGAAACCCAGACAAAACCGAUUUGGGGAAAAGGGGCAGCAGCAGAUGAGCAACCCUACAAAUGCUGUUUUGGGUACUUUUAUGUUAUGGUGGGGCUGGUUGGCGUUUAACACCGGGUCAACGUACGGCGUUAGUCAUUACAAAUGGCGAUUGGCAGCGAGAUCAGCAAUCGGGACCGUUAUGGCUUCCGCUGGGGGCGGGAUCACUGCCGUGGUGCUCUCCAAAAUUAUUGCGAAAAAGAUUCAAGUGGAUAUGUUGAUCGACGGGUUACUGGCGGCUUUGGUAUCGACAACCGCCGGUUGCCUUUGCAUCAGCCCUUGGCAAGCCUUGGUCAUCGGCUCGAUCGGCGCUAUGUUAGCCAUUGCCAGCUACCAAAUUGUGGAAAAAUUGGAGAUCGACGAUCCGGUAGGUGUAGUCCCAGUCCACGUUGUCGGGGCAACGUGGGGCAUGAUAAGCCCUGGAAUUUUUGCUGAAAAUGACAAGUAUACGAUGGAAGUAACUCACGGGCACAACGGACUACUUUACGGCGGAGGCUUCUACCUACUGGGGGUUCAGCUCCUCACCGUAGUCACGGUAUCGAUAUGGAGCGGAUUGCUGGGCUUUUUGAUCAUAUGGGGCCUGAACCAAACGCCGAUGGGCUUGAGAUUGACGAAAUACGAGGAACUCCUUGGUGCUGAUCUACGGGAGCAUGGCCUAGCUGGCCACAACGUCGCCAAAUACAAGGUGGAGAAGAAGCUGACGACCAAAGCGUUCACCUCUGUCAUGAAAGCCAUCAUGCGCUGGAAACGGCUGACCCGCGAGGGCCGUGAACGCCGCGAAAUGGAGCGCCAGAUGAUCGAGAACACCUUCAAUUUUCAGUUGGAGGAAAACAACCUGCAUCAACGCCGCGCCGGUGCCAAA